AUGCAGUCGCAAGCGUUGCUCGAAGAAUGCCGCCAGAGGCAGGACGACGAGAUCGUAGCGCUCGAAUCCAUCUUUGCCGCUACCGAAGACGGCGACGCCGAGAACGCAGUCCAUCGUCCUGCAGAGCCUAGAGUCAAGCUCAUAUCCAACACGCCGGAUCCGAUUCUGGAACUCUACCUCCCUGUCACGCUGCCAAGGCCAACGCACAUCACAGUAGAGACUUUCGCACACGACACCGACGCAUGCUCAGCAACAGCAUCUAGCUCCAAGUUGCCGCUCGAAAGCUCGGUUGCGUCAUAUCAUCCGUCAGUCGUGCAGAAAGAAAGGGCAGCACCCUCCGCCCACCCAAACAACGGGCGUCGCCGCAGCAGAAAGCAAAGCACAAAGUCUGGGCAUCUCGAUGCCACUGCCAACGCCUUCUCUCCGGGCAAAUCCGUCAAGUUUGUACCGGUAGUACAGCUGCAGACAGGAGUAGCAUCAGCAGAAGAGGUUGCACGAACGCUCGACGGCCUCUCCCUUCGUUCGGAUAGCACACACGAUAACGCGACACACGACGAGUCCGCCGCCGCCCGGCUUCGAUCGACCCAGCAUCUACCGCCUCUGAGACAUCUACCACCGAUAUCAUUGCGGGUCAAACUUCCUCCGACGUACCCAGCUGAGAAGCCACCUGUGGUCGAAAGUCUCCUAGCGCCAUGGUUGCAAACAAGACCAGAUUCGCACGACGCCUCUCUCGCAUGGCUGCUGCAGAGACUCGACCAGCAGUAUCAAGAGCUCGGCGGUAUGGAAGUGCUAUACACGUGGGCCACUUAUCUUACCGAAAACCUCUGGAUAGCGUUGCUGGAAGAGCAGCCCCUUGCAAUUGAUCCUCCACCAUUCUUGCGACUCGCAGAAUCAGCUUCCGACACGACGCAAGCGAGUCUGCGUUUCGAAGAGAGUCUCUCUUCCCCAGAAGCACAGCCGCUGCUGGCGGCUCAGCUUGUAGCGCACUCACGACUCUGCAGCCGUACUACGUUCGACGCCGCCUCGUUCGACUGCGCCAUCUGUCUUGAAACACGCAAGGGAAAAGCUUGCACCAGGUUGACCGGCUGCGGACACGUCUUCUGCUCCGAAUGCCUGGCGGGAUAUCUUACGAGCUUGGUAGACGACGGUUUCCAUCGUCAAGCAAAGCGGUGUCCCGAUCCGGAUUGCGUCACCCUGUGGAGUCAACGCGAAAAGGACAAUCUUGUCGAUCAGGAAGGAAAUAUGAUCGCCUCCGCCAAAACCAAGUCCAAGUCGAAUGGCGCAGCUGUUUCCAAUGGUCAGAUCGACGUUGCAGAUGGAGAGGACAAGGCGGUCGUCGGUCUCGUGACCCGGUCGGAACUGGAAGCAAUCCUUGGCACCGCUCGCUUGAAACGGCUGGACGAGCUCACAGUCAAGGCCAAGAUGGAGGCGGACCCGUCGGUGUCCUACUGUCCUCGGUCCGGCUGCCAAGCUCCCGUGGUGCGCCUGUCUUCCGACGAGAAUUCGGGUCACUGGGAGCGGUUCCGAGAAUGUCUCUCCUGCGGCUUUGCAUUCUGUGCCUGGUGUUCUCGUUCCUGGCACGGUCCCACCUCGUGCCCCGUCUCGUUCCAAUCCGAGUUGAUCCGACGCUACCUCUCCCUGGCCGAAUCAUCGCACGAUCGUGCGCUGAUGGAGCAAAAGUUCGGACGCAAAACGCUCGAGACCAUGGUUCGCAAGUACGAAGAAGAGCAGCAGACGCAGCAGUGGCUGUCGGAUUACACGACGCCUUGUCCGACAUGCGGGAUCGCCAUCGAAAAGUCGUACGGAUGCAACCACAUGACGUGCAAAUCGUGCCAGACGCACUACUGCUACCUGUGCGGCAAGCCGAUCUCGUCGCAGAACCCGUACCAGCACUUCAACACGCCCGGGUACGAGUGCUACCAUCGACUGUUCGAUGGUUUGCUAGGAGACCAGGCUCCGCAACAUCAGCAGCAGCAGCAGGAGGGGGAACAGGGGCAUGGAGGUGCAAGGAGGGGGCAAGGCGAUGGCGCAGCGGGCGACGACGCGCGACCGGGCUUCGCCUUGCUGCUCGACGACAAUGGCAUUCCGUUGCAUUUGGAACCGGAAGAUCAGGAGAUGGACCUCCUCGCUUGGCAACAGCUUGGCUGA